AAUCUCAGCAAACGUCUCGACGUUUCUUCGGAAUCGAUCCUCGUGGAAUGAUUUAAAGAAUUCAGGUCAACGGAUUUUAACGAUCGAGAGACACGGUGCUUUUUCGCGUGAUCGUCUUAAAACUCCAUUCAUGUCGCAGACUCCUAAGGAGGAGACCGACGCGAUGAAGGCCAAUACAGCAGCAACAAAGAUCCAGGCCAACUUUCGUGGAUAUCGUGUACGUAAGCAGUUGAAGGAAUCCACACCACGUCGUCGUCAGAGUCAGCAGCGACAGGAUCAGGACCCGCAGGAGCAGCAGCAGAAUCAACAACAACAGCGGGAAUUUUCGAAGCCAAAGGAACAUCUUUUCAAGAGACAGAACACUCGGGAGACACUCGAGGAGAAGUCAGCGACCAAGAUCCAGGCGGGUAUUCGUGGCUUUCUGGUGCGGAAGAGGCAACAGGCGGUUCAGGCCGCGGCGACGAGGAUUCAGGCCGGCUUCCGUGGCUUCAAGACGCGAAAGUUGCUGAAACAGAACGGUCAAUAGUUUGUACUUGCUGAUCUCUUCCCAUCGGACGAAGGAUGACAUAAGGCGUCGACGUGUAUAUUAAAGUAAUACGUGGAUUCGUUCGUGUAGUCGGAGGAAAUCUCAGAAUUGGAUCGGAGAUGUCGAAGAAACAACUUUUAAUUAAAUCAAUUACGUUGAUCUUCGCAAUGCUUGACAUGUGUAUAUUUUUGGGACACUGUGUAUUUUUGAACACAAACUUCGUGAAAUUUGCCGAAUACCAUCUCCAGAAUUUAAUGAAUGAUAACUAAUGACACAUUGUUUUAUAACAAUCUUUAUCAUUAUCAUUAUUUUUAAUUUAGUUUGAUUUUUUUCUACGCUAACUUUCGUAUAAUGCUGAUAACGAUAAACAAUGAAGACAAAAGCAAUAAUAGAAGACGUUGUUUUAAGAAAGUAAUCGAUAUACAUAUAUGUAUGCGAUAUAAGUUAGUUAAAUGAUUAUGUGAAUCUGUUGAAAAAUUCUCUUGUUAUUUUAUGUCAUUUUUAUUGCGAUGUAAUUAAGGUAUUAAUUUGAGCGCAAAUUAAAGAUAUAUUUCUAUAUUGUAAUUUCGUAUCUACGUGAAUCUUGUCGAUAAACGAUAUAUGUAUUUAUAUAAUGAGUAGUGUGUGUGUGUGUGUGUGUGUAUAGAUGUAUAUAUACUUUUUUGUCAUAUACUUGCAUUAUAUUUCACAAUUUUGCUUUGAUUUUAUGGAUAAUAAAUCUUUAGUCUUUAUAAUAAUUAUUUUUUAGCACACAUUUAAUAUAUUAGUGUCAAUUUUGAAAACUUUUUCUUUCCUUUAUGGUUGGUUAGGCCUCUAUACAGAAUUUGCCUGUACGCCAGUUGGUGUUUAUAUGAAUUAUAAUCGAUCACUAGUUAAUGGUGCAAUAACUAGUGUAUAAAAAUGAUCUUCCAGAGGAAGAUGAGUUGCAAAAAUUCUGAAACUAUAUUGGAACUUGCGCAAAAACAUGCUUAAAACAAUUUUGAAAACUGAGAAAGAAUCAUUAAAAUUCAUUUAAUAGUGAGUAUGUUUCACAUUAUUUAGUGUAUAUACAAUUGUUAUAUUUUUUUUUAACUAAUUGCAAAUAUGUAAAAUCAUUAUAUGCAUGUUCAUCAUAUUAGUAUGUAUGUAAAUUCAAAAUAAAAGAAUACAC